AUGUCGUUGCACAUCUACAUUGCCCACACGGGAGAGCAUUUCCUGGCUGAUCCAGUAACAUUUGCUUCUCCCGAUGCCUUGAAGUCAUGGAUCCUCCACAAUACAUCAAUUCCACCUCCGCGGCAAAUAUUGAUGACCGCCCGUGGAAAGAAUGUCAAGAUCCAGACUUUAGCCACAGAGAACGAGAUCUUUGUAUAUGACCGCCAAUACGUCAGUGAACCAGGCGACGUCGAAUUUCCAGAGCUCCCUCCGCCUGAACCAUUCCAACCUGACAGCCCCCCAGCUACUCUUAAAGACCAAAACGAUCUACAAGCAUGGACAAACCUCUAUAUGGCACGGCGCAACUGGGCUCUAGAGCUGUCUAGUCGCUGUGGAUUGAUCGAUAAGAACCUCCGGGAACACAAUGAGCGAAGCGAUGUGAUAAACCGUGCUGUGGGUGUGGCUCUGGAGAAUCUUAAGUCCCAUGUGGGCAAUCUUGAACAUCGGUUCCAAGAGGCACAGUCAUGGGCGAACAAUAUUCUAGAAGAGCAGCAGGCUGCUCUGGACGGAUGGGAACGAGCUCUCUCCACGCUGGAUCACAUACCGGCACGCAAGGACUUCCCUCUCCUAGGACGCCCGUCCACACCGAAAAUGGAUAACGAUCGACCAACUGGAACGCUUCGUGAUUUUGUCGACGUGGGUGAGGUGUACAGGGCCGGAUCAGAGGCAGCGACUGUGUCGCCGGCCUUUGCUAGUAAUGUCCAGGAUAUCGAGAAGACAAUCGGCGAUAUUGCCUCCGAUACUCAGCAACUAGUGGACGCGGCUCUAGCUUCGAACUUCAACGGAGUGGAUGGGUUGCUAGAAGAGGUAGAGACUAUUGCUAAGAAAAUCGGAUCCGAUUAUGAGCAUGUUCUCAGUCUGCCAAACAAUCAAAAAACAUUGGCAAAUAUAUCCAGACUUGCAUUCAGCCAUACCCAGGAUCUUCUUCCGUCGCUGGCCGAGAUCAGCAUUGAACUUCAAGCUGGUUUGGAGCAAGCUGUGCAGCGCCGAGCGCUCAUGGAGAGAACUGCCAUUGAACAUAUGCGCGCGAUAUCUUCGCUCGAGUCCCGCCUCGCCGACGCUCAUGGACGAAUGGUCAAUUUGGAUGUGGGGAGCAAUGCCUUUGAGGUCAUCUACUCUGUAUUCCAGAUGCCAAUGGUAUAUGGGUCUAUUUUGAUUGAAUCUGUGCGACGGCGAGAAUGGAGCGAGAAGAUCAAGACCGACUCUCUGACGCUGGCUGAGGAGAUGGCGGUCUUGAGAGACGAAGAGCAACGCCGCAGAAAAAAAUGGCUCAAGAAUAUGGGUGACUUUAUGACUGUGACUGAUUCCACUGCACCAGGAAUUGAAGUCAAUCUUCAAGGUCAUGAUGAUGAAUGGCCCGAAGUAGCUCGGAAAGAAAUUGAGUAUUAUAUCGACGAGUUAAAGUCCACUCAUUCCUUAACAAACCUUGCGACAGAGCUCACUCAGCAACUGAAGGAGUUGGAUGCACCCACUCGGCAGCAAAGACGACGGGCCAAGGCAUUCAAACAAGGCAGCGUAUUUGACUUGAGCCGGAGCUCCAUAUUACGGGCCGACGACUCCGUACGCAGCUUGCAAGAAGAAAAGACCAAGCUAGAAGAAAGGCUCAAGGGGUCUGAUAGUCGCGUACGCAAACUAGAAGAUCUUUUGCAUCGUCAAAGUCAGUUCAGCCGGCCAUCAAGUGGUAACUUUGGCCCGGAAUUCCCCGGUUCACCGGCAUCUCCACACCCCGAUACACCCUCAAGACGGUCAUCCGUCUCCGUCUCAUCGAGGCGAGUCUCGGCGACUCAGACUCCAGAGGAAAAAGCACUCAUCGAGCGCGUUAUCACUCUCGAGGCUGAAUUGGCGACAGAGAGAGAUGCCGUCCAGCGCCUCCAUAAGGAAGCUCACGUCGAGCGCCAAACUAACUCCGAUAAGUUUCAAGAAGCUCAAUCCACGAAAAAGGACCUCAUCGGUAAUCUUGAAGCACGUCAGCGCGAAUUUGAAGAUGAGCGCCGGUAUCUGGAUGAAGAACUAAAGAAGUUCAGACUCCGAAACGAGGAAAUGGAGGAAGAAUUGGACCGCCUGAUGGAUAGCCGCGAGCAAGGGAGACAAGAGAUUGAAGACCGGAUAAAUCAGCUCGAGACCGACCUACAAAAUGCCCAUGCUAAGUCUGCCGACGAAGCACAAAAGAUCAUCGAUCUCAACGCAGAGAUCCAGACUCGACAAGAGCGAGAGGGAACUCUCCAGGCUCGGAUUGAUACCAUGGAGCAUCAGCAAUCGGAAUUCGAACAAAAAGAACAGGAAAACAACCAAGCCCUUCAAGCUAUCUUCAUGAACCUGUCACCUGGGGGCAUUGUUCCUGUUGAGCUCCCCGGCCUAAUCAAGGCUAUUGAGGUCCUCUGCGAGGGCUUGUCAAUUCACGCCAAAAGUGCGGAAACAAAUGCAUCUGACGCAAUAACUGAGAACAAGGCCCUAGAAGAGCGAAUUGCUGUAUUGGAGUCGGAGGCGGAUGAGGGAAGAAAGGCCUCAGGGGAAAAGGAGGAAGAAGUAUCACGGCUAACUGCAGAACUAUCGGAUGAACGAUCGAAACUAGAUACUUUGAACGGGGAACUGGAGAAAGAACGGUCGAAACUCAGUUCCUUGCACUCUCAAAUGACCGCUGGAGAAAGUGGCUCGGAGGCUCUGCGUGAACAAAUCGCCGAAGAAGAACGGAAGCGAGCAGACCUGACGCAGAAACUCACUGAAGCUGAGCAACAAGCUCAAGACUUGAAAGUGCAGGUAACAGACUGGGAGCAAAAGGCAGUGGCCCCUUCAGAGACCGAACAGCAGGCUGUAGCGCGAUCUGAGGCCCGGGGUGCCAAGUCCCACGAUCUUUCAAAGCAACUUUACGCACAGGUCGAGAAGCUAGGCCGGAUGCUUGAGCAAUUGGGAUUCACUAUCAUUCAACAAGAUGGCCAGCUUGUUGUCCAACGUGCCUCGAAGCUGAGUGCAUCGCUAGGGUUGGGUGAAAGCCUUGCCCAGUCAGGAAUUGUAUCUCUAAAGCCGGAUACAGCGCUUCUGGGCUGGAUGCAAGCCGAAAGCCCAGAGGUUGAAGAGAAGAAAUUUUCCGCCUUCAUGGAAAGUCUAGCCCAGUUUGACGUCUCCUUAUUUGGUGACGUUGUUGUUAAACGGGUGAAGGAUAUCGAGCUGCUAGCCCGCAAAUGGCAAAAGGAAGCUCGAGGUUACCGUGAUAAAUAUCACCGAGUUCAGAGCGAGGCCCACGACAAAAUUGCCUACCGAUCUUUCAAAGAGGGCGACCUUGCGUUAUUCCUGCCCACACGAAACCAGGCCAUUCGCUCGUGGGCAGCCUUUAACGUGGGUGCGCCACAUUAUUUCCUUCGUGAGCAAGAUUCACACAAACUCCAAGCCCGAGACUGGCUGCUCGCUCGUAUCACCAAGAUUGAGGAGCGGGUUGUAGAUCUCUCCAAAUCGAUGAACGGGGUUGCGCCAGACCGUCAUUCCCUCGGGGACGCUAGCGACGGCGCUUCCCUAGAGGACGAGAAUCCGUUCGAGCUUUCCGACGGCCUCCGUUGGUAUCUACUCGACGCCGUAGAGGAGAAACCCGGCGCGCCUGCCACGCCGGGGAUAGCAAAAAGCACAGUCGCAUCCGCGCAUGUCGAUGCCAAGGGCAGUAUUGGCCUCAAGCGUGGCACCAACGAGGGCGGCGUUGCCAGAACCCUAUCCAGAAGCCUCGAUAGUCGCCGCGAGAGUCCAAACUCCAAGCGCGGCACCCCCACACCAUCGCAGCAUGGUGUCGAGUCUACAACUGAUCUCGUGCGCGCCGCCGAGGCUGAUGCUGGCCUACAGUCUCGAGAGACCGCUCCGAUCUUCGACGAGGUUCGCCGUGACCUGCGCUCCGGCCCGUGA